GUGUAAUUCCUGUGCAACGUGAAAAGCGUCAUCCAAAACAUAUGAUCUCUGGUAAAGAAAUCAUGAUAUCCCCAAUGGGUCCGGAUACCAUUUUCGAAGCAAAUGCUAUCGUUAAAAUUCCUUCAAAUGUCCCUCCUUCUGGUAAAACAAAGUUUAUGUUGAUCAAGAAUAAACUUCAAAUUAAAGUCACUUUUGAGCGUUCUCGUCAUAGUGUGAUGAUCAUGAGAGAAAUUGUCAUCGGAAGAAAUUUCUUGGAUGACAAAUCCGCUGCUGAUAUGAGAGAAUCCAUGGAUUAUUUCUCGAGCUGA